ACCAAAAAAAUACGACCAAUUAUGAGCAUGACGACCAUUCGAAGGGGACGUUGUCACGCCCGAGAUAGCUUCUAUCGAAACUUGAGAUUAGAACAGCAAGGGAGCCAGAUCGAGAGGGAAGAAAUGGAAGCUGAUCAAGAGCCAGCAGGAGCGAAGGAAAAAAAUGGCCAUGAAGUUAGGCAUCAUUUUGUAGUUCUUGAGCAAUCAGUGAUUUGAAUUGAUGUGCAAUGCGGAGGCGUGUUGGAGCUCUUCUUCGUGAUAGAAGAGCUGUUGAAGUGUCUAUUAGUGGACGGAAUCAUUUGAACAAAGUUUCUCUGUCUUUGGUUUUUGUUCUGUGGGGACUUGUCUUCCUCUUUAGCUUAUGGUUCAUCCGUGGGGAUGGCUGUCAAGAAGGAUCAGUUUUACUUCCUGAUGGUGCAUCUAAUUCAAAUGAAUCUACAUUGGAAAGUAACAAGGACUCUGACGUUUUAUAUGAACCUUCAAAAGGAGAAACCGAUUGUACCAGUCAUUUAAAUGAUUCGUGCUCAAUUGAUGCUACAAGCCAUGACGUUUUAUACGAACCUUCAAAAGGAGAAACUGAUUGUACCAGUCGUUUAAACGAUUCGUGCUCAAUUGAUGCUACAAGCCAGGCUUCUGACAAUGAAAUGCUUUCAAGUGAAGAAAGUAGCAGUCAUGUACUAGCUGUUACGGGGUUGCCUGAGGCUGAGAGCUCGAGCACCGGAGUAAAAUCUGAAAGUAAACCUCUCAAGGUAGAUAUGUCGUCUGACACUGUUCUACUGGGCCUUGAAGAAUUCAAAAGCAGAGUCUUUACAUCUCGGACUAAGGAUGAAACUGGUCAGGCUGGGAAUACUAUCCAUAGAGUAGAACCUGGUGGUGCAGAGUACAAUUACGCUUCAGCUUCAAAGGGAGCAAAGGUGUUGGCUUUCAACAAGGAAGCAAAAGGAGCUUCUAACAUCUUAGGCAAGGACAAAGAUAAGUACCUCAGAAAUCCAUGUUCUGCUGAAGAGAAAUUUGUUGUCAUAGAACUUUCAGAUGAAACCUUAGUAGUAACAAUCGAAAUCGCUAAUUUUGAGCACCAUUCUUCUAACUUGAAAGAAUUCGAGCUACAUGGCAGUUUGGUUUAUCCAACAGAUGUUUGGUUCAAGCUUGGGAAUUUCACUGCUCCAAAUGCAAAACAUGCACAUAGAUUUGUUCUCAAGGAUCCAAAAUGGGUGAGGUACUUAAAGUUGAAUCUUCUUACCCACUAUGGUUCAGAAUUCUAUUGCACACUCAGCACUGUUGAAGUUUACGGAAUGGAUGCUGUUGAAAUGAUGCUAGAGGAUUUGAUAUCUGCUCAACAUAAACCCUCUAUAUCAGAUGAAGCUACUAUCGAUAAGCGAGUAACUCCGUCCCAGCCUGGACCCAAUGAUGUAGGACAACAACAUCGUAGAGAGUCGCAAUCUCUUGCUAAUGAGGAAAGUGAUGAUGAUGAUGUCGUUUUAGAACUUUCAAAGAGUAAUAUACCUGAUCCGGUCGAAGAAUCACACCAUCAACAACCUGGCAGAAUGCCUGGUGACACUGUUCUCAAAAUUUUGACACAGAAAGUUCGUUCAUUAGACCGAAGUCUAUCUGUUUUGGAGCGGUAUCUCGAGGACUCAACUUCCAAAUAUGGCAAUAUAUUCAAAGAGUUCGACAAAGAUAUAGGAAAUAAUGGUCUACUUAUUGAGAAGACUCGCGAGGAUAUAAGAAAUAUUCUUAAAGUCCAGGAUAGCACAGAUAAAGAUCUUCAUGAUCUCAUUUCUUGGAAGUCCACUGUUUCCUUGCAGUUGGAUGGUCUGCAAAGGCAUAAUGCUAUUCUCAGAUCUGAGAUUGAAAGGGUCCAGAAGAAUCAAACUUUUCUGGAAAACAAAGGAAUAGUUGUUUUUGUUGUGUGCAUCAUUUUUUCAUGGUUUGCUAUUUUAAGAUUAUUUUUGCAUAUUGUUGUCAGAGUACGUGAGAGAACAAAUAGUUCCAGGAAAUUUUGUUGUAUAAGCCCUUCCUGGUAUCUAUUACUUUUGAGCUGUUGUAUUAUUCUUUUCAUACAGUCGCUAUAAUCAUGGAUUGCCCCCUUUUUUCAUCCA